UCCAAUGGGAAGCCCUUCUCAAACCCUUAUGCUUUUGGCUUUCAUCUCUCUCUUUUCAUCCCUUUCUAAUUCUUUACCUCUCUCGACCCGAGGGCGAUGGAUCGUCGAUUCGACCACUGGGCGUCGAGUCAAACUCGUGUGCGUUAAUUGGCCUUCCCACACACAGAGCAUGCUAAUCGAAGGCCUGGCUAACAGGCCGUUGAAAGACUUGGCUGAUGAGUUAGUGAGUUUGAAGUUCAAUUGUGUGAGACUCACGUAUGCGACUCAUAUGUUUACUCGCUAUGCUAAUAGGACCGUUGAAGAGAAUUUUGACCUUCUUGAUUUGAGAGCUUCGAAAGUUGGGUUGGCUUCGCAUAAUCCGUUUGUAUUGAAUAUGACCAUUUUUGAAGCUUAUGAAACUGUUGUCGAUGUGCUUGGGACAAGUGGGUUGAUGGUGAUAGCUGAUAAUCAUAUUAGUCAGCCGAGAUGGUGUUGCUCUCUUAACGACGGAAAUGGGUUCUUUGGAGAUCGCUAUUUCGACCCUCAAGAAUGGUUGGAAGGUCUUCGUUUGGUUGCUCGACGAUUUACUAACAAAUCGAAUGUAGUAGCCAUGAGUCUACGAAACGAACUCCGAGGAGCAAAAUCGAGCUCGAAAGAUUGGAACAAGUACAUGACACAAGGAGCAACAACCAUCCACGACAUAAACCCAAACCUCCUCGUGAUCGUUUCAGGUCUAAACUUCGACAACGACCUAAGAUGUCAAAGACACAACCCGUUGCCACUAAACAACCUACACAACAAGCUCGUUUUUGAAGUGCACUUAUAUUCGUUUAGCGGAGCUACCAAAACAAAGUUCAUCACGAACCCACUAAACAAAAUAUGCUCAACAAUCAUCAAUGGGUUUGUGGAGAGAGCUGAGUUUGUAAUGCAAGGAGCUGAGGCAGUUCCUUUGUUUGUUAGUGAGUUUGGGUUUGAUCAAAGGGGUACCAAUGUUGCUGAUGAUAGGUUCUUGAGCUGCUUCGUCGCUCAUCUUGCUAAGACGGAUUUGGAUUGGGCACUAUGGGCUUGGCAAGGUAGCUAUUAUUAUCGACAGGGUCAGGCUCAAUUCGACGAAGUGUUCGGAAUUUUGAAUUAUAAUUGGAGUGGCGUUAGAAACCCUCGUUUUUCUAAGACGUUUCAGCUCUUGCAAACCAUGCUGCGAGAUCCGAAUUCGAAUGCACCAAAUUCUUAUGUUAUGUAUCAUCCACAAAGUGGUCAAUGUGUUCGAGUAAAGGACAUGAUGAGCAAGGAAAUCUAUCUAAACGACUGUUCCAAUGCAAGCCAUUGGAGUCAUCGAGGAGACGGGACACCGAUCGAGCUAGAGGCGACCGGUUUGUGUUUAAAAGCCGAUGGAGAUGGGCUUCGACCCUUACUCUCGAGGGAUUGUUUGAGCAACGAAAGUUCUUGGACAACCAUUUCUAACUCUAAGCUUCAUUUGGCUACGCUCACGAGACAUGGGAAUGGUUUGUGUUUAGAGAAAGACAGCUCGAAUUCAACGAGGAUUGUGAUGGGUAGAUGUGUUUGUGUUGGUGAUGAUUCAAAUUGCUUAGAUGAUACUCGGUCUCAAUGGUUUGAACUUGUUGUGACCAAUACUUUGUAAUUUGGUCACACGUGGAGUAACUAAAGAUUAGUGGCGUUUUGUCUUAUUGGAGUGACCUACAUAUUUUGGGUCGCUCCACUUCAUAUCCAGUCGUAAUGUCUUUCAAAAGAUAUCGUGUUGGGAUGCAUUCAGCUUUGAAAAUAAAUAUUUUUUCGAGACA